GCCCAGUCCUGCGUUCCAAUGUACGGACCCGAUCCCCAUUUCUCGCCUCAUCUCUUCCCCAUCCCGUCCUCCAACCUUGCCUGAUUUCCCCGGCGUCUGCGUAGAUAGGAAUCCAACGGCAACUGCUCGCCGGAGCUGGCUACAUCCUCGUCCAUGGCGGCUGCGUCCUUGGCUGCGGCGGGGGUGUCCACGUUGGUGCCGGCUACAUUUUUGCAGCGUCGGCGACAUCCUCGCAAUUCCGGCGAACAUCCUCGCGGUUGCAACGGCAUCCUCGCUGAUUCAUGUACAUUCUUGCGGCAAGAGGCUGCAUCCCCGCGGUGUCGUCCACAUCCCUGAGGCGCAUCGUCGCGGCGUCAGUGACAUCCUUCGUGGGUCGGCCACAUCCCCACGGCGUCGCCCACCUCUCACCCUACAUUCCUGCGGCCUCGGCUAUUAAAUCUCUUGAUUUUUUCAGUAUAGAGGCCAAAGCGGCAGAACAGGUCGUCAAAGUGUGCAUGAGGACACAGUCCAUUGGGAAGUGCAUCUUCAGCUCGUCUCUGCUGCCUGUAUGUGGAGGUAGAACAGCCCUUGUCACAGUUGAUUCAAGUAAAUCAACUAUUGAUGAGGGUUGCUGGAGCGUUGCUACCUUUUUACCGCGACAACAAGGUUAUGGACAAGAGAAGAGAAAAUGAUAGCUAUUGCUAGCCAUAUUGGUUUGUCAUAUCACGCCUUAAACAUGUACGGUAAAGAGUGUUAUCCAACCGUAGCUGGAGCUAGGCAAGCGGCGAGUACUUUCUUUCCUUGAUAGUUGUCAAUUAAUGAAGCCACCAUAUAGUGCAAACUUCUGUUGCUGUGAGAGCACAAUAGUUGCAAUAUGUAACCAUCGAAACUUGGAAUCAUAGACUAGUAUAAACAGUACAUACCUUAAAAUGUUCACACCAUGGUUGAUUUCAUCAUCGCAAUAACAUGUGGCUAUCUUUGGCUUUGUUGUAUAUAACUUUAACAAUUGUGAGCUCCGGUCGAUGGUGUUGGUGGACAGAAGGUCAUUUCUUGUUUUCUUCAAUCUUCAGUAAUCACAUCGCCAUUCAGGUUUUUCUUUUUUACACACCUAAUAACUGUCAACUCUUCUAUACUUAGAUGUUAUGCACCAGCAAGUUACUCUUACUUCUCAUUUGAAUUAUAACCUGGAUGUUACUUUCUUCUAGUAGCUGAACCUGUUGUAAAGUUACUGUCUGCCCAAUUCCUUCUAGUGCACUAUGUACUUAAUUUGUAUUAGAAAUUAUUGUGCACUGUUUACUCAAUUUAAAAGUUUCAAAUUAGCAAUGAAAUAUAUUUGUUGUCUUAAUCUGUCAUUUUAAUCUCUAGUUCUCCAUACAGAACAUAUGUACAUAGGACUUGCAGCACAAGUCAUUCCUAUUUCAUUGCCAAUAUUUGUACAGUCAACCAACUUAGUACAAAAGUUGAAUAUACAUGCUACAAACAGCCAAUACAAGAUAUUGACAGAGUUUCAUCUAACUCCCGACAAUUGGAGGCAAACAAUUCAAAGUAUCCAAAUUUCUCUACUAAAGCUAUAUCCUCUUGCCGGCCAUAUCCUCUCGCCGUUGGGUACACAGUUGAGUCCCCAGGCUACAUCUUGCGCAUGAUAUGUCUGUGUAUUAGGCACAUUUGUGUUUGCAGAUAUGUGGCUGCUAGUUGUAAUCUAGUUUUGUGGAACAUGCGUAGUAGAUGGGACUGCUAUCUAGUACAUGUAUAAUUAGUAGACGUGACUGCUCCAAUAGUAGAAGGAACACUAGAGUUGGACCCGUCUUUUAAUGUAUCACAUGUCGAUCUAUAUUUGCCUGUCGACAUUAGAUGGAACACUAGAGUUGGAGCCAUCAGUAGAUGUAUCACCCGUUGAUAUUUUCUUGCACGUCGACAGUAGAUGGAACCUUAUCGUUGGAGCUUCCAGUAGAUGUAUCACAUGUUCAUAUAUGCUUGCAUGUCGACAGUAGAUGGAACACUAGCAUUGGCCGCCGUCAAUAGAUGUAUCACUUGUCGAUAUUUGCAUGCAUGUCGAUAGUAGAUGGAACAUUAUCGUUGUCGCUGUUAGUAAACUCCAUGUAACUUUUCUAUGGUGUAACCUGUAAUUGAACUCCUUGUAAGUUUUCUUUGGUGUAACCAUUGUUUCUUUCAUCUAUUUUUAAAAUAAUGUAACAUGUAAAUAAAAAUUGAACUAUAUACUGUGUUCUACAUGUAAUCCACAAGAUGCUGCAGUCUAAGUUCAGUUCUUAAUGAAAUACAUUAGUUGUAACAUGUAACCAUUGUGUUCAAAUCGUUUUUAGAUGUUGCAGCUAUUUUAGGCUAAUUAUUUAGAUGUAAUCCACUUCCUGCUAUAGUACACUAGUUUUCAUGUCAGGUCGAUGGAUGGCAAAUCAGCACUAAACUUAAGGAUGCAGCAAAUCAAGUUGCAGUUUUGCAGAACCAGAUCUGAAGAAACAGAGGAUGUAGCAAACAAGAAUCAGAUUGCCCAAACUUACAGGUGAUUGGCGGGGGAAGAGUUCUUGUAUGUGCUUCGGGAUUUCUGAACUAGGGGAUGUAGCAAAUCAACACUGAACAUAAUGAUGUAGUAAAUCAAGCUGCAGUUUUGCAGAACCAGACCUGAAGAACCACAGGAUGUAGCAGAAUGUCCUUUCCGUC